AUGGAAAGAUACUUUCCAGUUGCACGAAGUUCUUUUUCACGACAAGUGCCCACAAGCAUACGACUCAUCAAGAAUCCACCCCCUUUGAACGAAGACUGCUCUCAGAAGGACGACGCCGAGCCCAGGGUCAUUGCUCCAGCCUCCCAUCCCUCCGGGGUCAAGGAGAAGCACACAUUUGCCAAAACAUUCGCCAAAGAUGCCUCAAGAGCGGAUUUCAAUGCAGUCCUUCUCAAGACACUGGGUACGAAGGAUAACCCCAUCACUCAUUCCGACAUAAUGGAGAGGUCAGAUUUUGUGCAUUCUGCUGCCACCGGACACCAGCGCACUGAGGAAAGAGUGAACAGAAGGCUAUGGCACCAACAUACCGAGCCUAAGCUGAGGGCCCAGCGAGCUCAAUCGUCCGGUGCAGCAGCACCUCAGCAGAUCUUUCGCAAUAUUCGGGUCUACAUCAAUGGGUAUCUGGACGGAACAACCGACAUUGAAAUCAAGAGAAUCGUGACUGAGGGGGGUGGAACGGUCGUACCCACACCUUCAAGGAGCACUCAUAUUCUGACGUCGACAGGGCUGAGUGGAUCCAAGUCGCAAAAGUUUUUAACUUCGAAAAGUCAACGACGAUACAUUGUGAAGCCCGAAUGGAUUCUCGAUAGUUAUGCUCGAGGAAAGCGUAGGUCGGAGAGUAUGUAUAUCGUCAAGCUCGAUAGGACUUCAAAAUAUUUCGGUUAA